CCCGGCCGUCGUCGCAGCGGGACCUGAGAGACGAGAGCGUGGACAACUACAUCAGGCUGGUGUUGGAAAAUUUUGCCGAAGCCAUGAAGACGGGGAUUCCUGUCUUGGGAAUUCCUGUUCUGGAUCCCUUGGAGGUCGGGAAGGUCGAGAUUCCGAAUAUUGAGGGUCCUGAGUUCAGCCUCCAAGCCAACGCAUCCCAGCUGCUCAUCAGCGGCCUCUCCAGCUUCUCUCCGACGGCGGUCCACGUCGACUACCAGCAAGCAUCCCUCGCUCUCGGUCUCCACGUCGUCACUGUGCGGGUCGACGGUCAAUACUGGGCAGAUGGCCUUUUGUUGAGUAUCUUCCCGGUCUUCGGAAAUGGGCCUUUCUACAUCCAGAUCGUCUCGACUGAUGUAAGCGGACUGGGAGAUGUUACAGUCACUCCCGACGAUUACCUGCAGAUCGAGGACCUUCAGCUGACGGCCGAGUUCGACUUCCUCGACGCUCACUUCGACAACUUCUUGGGCGGAGGAUCUUUCGGGGAAAUCAUGAGCGACGUUCUGGCCGAUCUGGCGGAGCGCAUCCUGGCCGGGGUCCUGCCUCUAGUCCAGGAGAAGCUGGUGCCCUCCCUUGUCGCUUAUCUAAACCAGGAACUCGGAAAACACACCGUCGGCGAAAUCAUCGGCGGAAUUCUACCGUAGGAGAGCGAGGAAGAAACAGGGCUAUAACGAACUGUCAUUCCGUGAUGGUAUGUUUGUUCGCAAUAAAAUACCUGUGUCUAAAAUCCGAAUAAAAGUGUUUGGAACGUG